AUGACAAGUGAAAAUGAGCGAAGUGAAGUUGACUUCAAAUUUGGUAAUGGGGAAGUAGCAUCGGCCAAUUCUAAACUACAUGAAGUAAUUGAUGAGUUGAUGAGAAAAAAGACCAAUGUGGAGAGGAGAUUAUCAGGUCCCGACAAAGUCCCACAACCGAAGAUACAGAAGGUUCCUCAGGUCCUUAGAGAUGAACAGAAGAAUUUUGAGACGUACUACCACCCAAAGUGGAUAUCAAUCGGUCCAAUUCAUCAUGGCAACCCCAAAUUCCAGCUUGCAGAGCAACGAUUCAAGUUUCUCUUCGCAGCAGAGUUCGUCAAAAACAGCGGCCACCAAUCCCAGGAGCACCUUUACAAAAAAGUAAUGGAAAAUAUUAAGGUGCUGAAGCUAUGUUUCGAUGAUGAGGUGCUCAAGGAGUAUUAUCGUAAAGAUGGCAAGGAUGAUGAGGCCUUGGGGUGGAUGUUGUUCUUGGAUGGAUGUUUUACACUCCAAUUCAUUUACAGCAUUAUGAAGGAUGAGUCGAUGACACAUUUUGAGAUUAAAAAUGACCAGGUUGCUUUUGUGUUACACGAUUUUUUCUUGUUAGAGAAUCAAAUCCCAUACCUUGUCCUGAGCCUGUUGAUGGAGAAUUCGGAAAAGGAAUUCUCUGAGAAUUUGGAGGGCUCGAUCAAGCAGUUUCUUAGUUUGAGUGUUUUGACACCUGAGAAGUAUGGCAAGCCUACGAUGGUCCCUCCAAAGGACUACAUGCCAAGUUCUGACGAAGAGAACCCCGCCGAGGAGAAACAACAAACUUUUCGUAAGCGAAGUGUGACGGAUCUCAAGACAGCCGGAAUCAACUCAAAACAGAGCAAGAGUAGCUCUUCAAAAGACAUAAACUCAAAACAGAGCAAGAGUAGCUCUUCAAAAGACAUAAAAGAACAAACUUUUCGUAGUGUGAUGGAUCUCAAGGCAGCCGGAAUCAACUUAAAACGGAGCAAGAGUAGCUCUUUAAAAGACAUAAAAUUUUCUUCGAGACUCUUCUCAGCUGAACUAGAACUUCCACCAAUAACAGUAGAUGACUCAAUGGCUCCUAAAUUCUUGAACCUGAUCGCCUUUGAAAUGUGUCCAGACAAUACCAAGACCGAGUACGAAGUGUCAUCUUACAUAAGUUUCCUAGACUCACUCAUUGAUUAUCCCAACGAUGUGAAAGAGUUGAGAUCAUCUCACGUACUCCACAACCUUCUUGGCUGUGACAAAGAAGUGGCAAAACUUUUUAAUAAGAUGGGCAGAUAUUUGGUGCCAAAUCCUGCGGUGUACGAGGAGGUGAUAAGCCAAAUAGAGAAGCACUACCACAACAAGUGCCUGACUUGGAUAGCUCAGGUCUUGAACGAACAUUUCAGUACUCCUUGGACGAUUGUCACUUUUGUGGCUGCGUUUUUGGCUCUUGGUAUGUCCGUUAUUCAGACCUAUUACACUAUCUAUCCUAGAGGAGAAUGA